UGCUUUGAUAUAAAGGUAGCAACACUCCUCAAUUUCCCAUUUCUCAUCGAAAACGAACCAGCUUUGCCUUUCAUUCCUUUCUUGCCUGCCUCUGAAUCUCCUGCAAAGAAAACUAUGGGUACUGAAAUGGUAUUGGUUGAUGAAAUCCCUUUUCCUCCACAUAUCACCACUUCCAAGCCACUAUCUCUUUUGGGUCAUGGAAUUACCGACAUUGAGAUUCACUUUCUUCAAAUCAAGUUCACAGCAAUUGGAGUUUACCUUGAACCUGAAGUUGUAGGACACUUACAACAAUGGAAGGGUAAGCCUGGAAACGUGCUAGCAGAAGAUGAUGACUUCUUUGAGGCUGUUGUUAAUGCUCCAGUGGAGAAAUUUCUGAGAGUUGUGGUGAUUAAGGAGAUCAAAGGUUCCCAAUAUGGAGUGCAGCUAGAAAGUGCUGUGAGGGACAGAUUGGCCGCUGUUGACAAAUACGAAGAGGAAGAGGAAGAAGCCUUGGAGAAAGUUGUUGAAUUCUUCCAGUCUAAAUACUUCAAGAAGCACUCAAUCAUCACAUACCAUUUUCCAGCAAAUUCAGGGACCGCUGAGAUUGCAUUUACUACCGAGGGAAAGGAGGAAUCGAAAAUCAAAGUGGAGAAUGCAAAUGUGGUUGAGAUGAUCAAGAAAUGGUACUUGGGAGGAACGAGGGGAGUAUCUGCUACCACUAUAACCUCCCUAGCUAAUGCCCUCUCCGGAGAGUUAUGCAAAUGAAUCUAUGCAGUCUAAUUAUGAGUUCUUCUUUCUAAGUUUGUCUAAGAAUGAGCCUGUUUGUUGUGAUUCUGUACCUAAUAAAGUAUGCUAUGCAAGUUUGUUAGAGUUUUUCCCAUUAUUUGGAACCCAAUUUCCUUGACUCCCAAGAUUGAACAAAACAAAAAAAAAGAAAAAAUGUACGAGAAUUUGAUUUCAUCUUUUCACUUACAUGCUUGAUUGCCUCUAUGAAAGGAACUAUAUGCGAGAAACAAUAUGCCCUUAA